AUUAAUUUAAUUAUUUUUUAUCCAUUAUUAAUAAAUAAAAUUAUAUUUAUAAUUUUUAUUGACCAAUACUCAUUUAUUUUAAUUCUUUUAACUCUAUGAAUUUUUAUUCUUAUAAUUAUAGCUUGAAUAAACAUAAAUUUUAAAAAAAUUUAUUUAAUUAACAUAAUAAUCUUAAUAACCUCUUUAAUUAUAUCUUUCAUUUCAAUAAAUUUUUUCUCUUUUUAUAUUUUUUUUGAAAUUAGAAUAAUCCCAACUUUUAUACUAAUUAUAGGAUGAGGAGGUCAAUUUGAACGAAUCGAGGCAAGAAUAUAUAUAAUUUUAUACACAAUAUUUGCCUCUCUCCCCCUUAUAAUAAUUUUUAUUAACCUUUAUAUUAGUUCAAACACCCUAAAUUUAAUUUUAUUAAUAAAUACAAACUUUAUUAAUAACUACUAUAUAUAUAUAUAUUUACUUUUAUCUUUUUUAAUUAAAUUACCUAUAUUUUUUGUUCAUCUUUGACUCCCAAAAGCUCAUGUUGAAGCUCCAGUAACUGGUUCAAUAAUCUUAGCAUCAAUUAUACUAAAAUUAGGAAGUUACGGCAUUCUACGAAUUAUAUUUAUUAUAGAAUACCUAUGCAUAAAAUAUAAUUAUAUUUUAAUUUCAAUUAGUAUUAUUGGAUCAAUUUUUUCAUCUUUAAUUUGUUUAAAACAAAUAGAUAUAAAAAAAUUAGUUGCUUACUCUUCAGUAGUACACAUAAAUAUAUUACUUGCAGGAAUCCUUACUAUAUCAAUAUUAGGAAUUAUAGGAAGAAUUAUUAUAAUAAUUAGUCAUGGUUUAUGCUCCUCUGCAUUAUUUUUUAUUGUAAACUUAUCCUACUCCCGAUUUAAAUCUCGAAGAAUAAUUAUUAAUAAAGGAUUAAUAAAUUUAACCCCACAAUUAAGAUUAUUUUGAUUCUUAUUAUGUAUUUUUAAUAUAGCCACCCCACCUUCACUUAAUCUUUUUAGAGAAAUUUUAUUAAUUAAUAGAAUUUUAAAAUUUAGAAUUUCAUUAAUCCCAUUUUUAAUAAUUAUUAGAAUAACAAGUGUAAUUUAUUCAAUAUUCUUUUUUGGAAGGACCCAACACGGCUUUAUAAAUAAAAAUCUUAACAAUUUUUUUUCUAUCAAUAUUAUAGAAAUAUUAAUUUUAACUCUUCAUACAAUCCCAAUUCUUAUCUUAACAUUUACUUUUAACUAGUUUAAAACUAUUGAUUUGUUAAAUCAAAAUCUUAAAUUUUAAUUUAAACUAUAAUUAACUUUUUAUAUUCUUUAAUAUUAUUUUUAUUAAGAAUUUCUUCAAUAAUUUUUAGUAUCACCCUAUUAUUAAUUAAAAAAACAAUUAUUAUUGAAUGAAUAAUUAUUUCUUUAAUUAACCUAAAUUUUGAAAUAAUAAUUUUAAUAGACUGAAUAAGGAUAAUAUUCUUAAGAAUUGUUAUAUUUAUUUCAUCAAUAGUAAUAAUAUACAGAAAAGAAUAUAUACUUAUAGAAAUUAAAAAAAAAUAUUUUUCAAUAAUUCUAAUAUUAUUUGUUAUCUCAAUAAUUUUAAUAAUUAUUUGCCCUAAUAUAAUAAGAAUUAUUCUUGGAUGAGACGGUUUAGGUUUAGUCUCUUACUGUUUAAUUAUCUACUACCAAUCCUCAACAUCUUUUAAUUCAGGUAUAAUUACUUUAUUAACUAACCGUAUUGGAGACAUUAUACUUCUUAUAAUAAUUUUUUUAUCUAUAAAUUUAAAAUCAUGAAAUAUUAAAUUUUAUAAUUUUAACUCUUUAAUAUUUUUAAUUUUUUUAUUAAUUAUAAUUAUAACAAAAAGAGCACAAAUCCCAUUUUCUAUAUGACUCCCUGCUGCAAUAGCUGCCCCCACUCCUGUUUCUUCUCUUGUCCACUCAUCAACCCUUGUUACAGCUGGAAUUUAUAUUCUUAUCCGAUUCAACUAUUUAUUUAUAAAAAUAAAUUGAAUUAUUUUAAUUAUUGGUUUAUUAACAAUACUUACAUCCAGAAUUAAUGCUUUAUUUGAAUUUGACUUAAAAAAAAUUAUUGCUUUCUCUACAUUAAGACAAUUAGGAUUAAUAAUACAUAUACUUGCCUAUAACCUACCAAACUACGUAUUUUUCCACUUAAUUUCACAUGCUAUAUUUAAAUCUUUACUUUUUCUUUGUUCAGGUAUUAUAAUUCACUUUAUACUAAAUUAUCAAGAUAUUCGAUUUAUAGGGUCAUUAAUUUAUGAAUGCCCAAUAGUAAUUAUAUUUUUUAAUUUUGCAAACUUAUCACUAUGUGGAUUCCCAUUUUUAUCAGGAUUCUAUUCUAAAGACAUAAUUUAUGAAAUAUCACUAAAUUUCUAUAUCAACCCAAUAAUUAUAAUUUUAAUAUACAUUUCCAUUUCCUUAACUAUAAUAUACACACUUCGAUUAAUAUUCUUUUUAACAUUCAACUCCUCCUCUUUUUCACCAAUAUCCCUAAAAAAAGAUAAUUUUAUUAUAAAUUUUUCUAUUUCAAUAUUAUUUUUUAUAUCAAUUAUUUUUGGAAAUUUAAUAAACUGAUUAAUAUUUUCUUCUCUAAGAAUUAGAAUCCUAAAUUUCAAAUUAAAAUUUUUAAUUUACUUAAUAAUAUUUUUUAGUUUAAGAUUUCUAUUUACUAAAAAAAAUAUAUGAAAUUUAAAUUUUCCCUCAAUUAAUUUUAUUUUAACUAAUUUCUUCUUACUACAAAAAAAUUCUUUAAUAAUCAAAAUAUGAUUAAAUAAUUUAUCUUUAAAAAUAUUUUAUUUUAAUGAAACCUUAUGAAAUGAAUACUACAGAAAAUUUUUAAGUAAAAUUAUCUUUAAAAAAAAUAAUUUUUUUUUAAUAAAAAUUUUUAAUAACUAUUUUAUUUCAAUUUUUAUUUUAAUUAGAUUCAAUCUUUUAAUUAUUUUAAUAAGUUAAUAGAAAAUUUUUAUCUCUAUAAUAUAUAUUCAAAAUAUACACUUUAUCAAGUUCAUUAACUUAAAAUCUUUUAAAAAUAAUAUUAAUUAUUCAUUUAAUAAAAUUUAAAUAAAUUAAAAAAUUUAAAAUAAUAAUCAACAUCUUUUUCCAAAUUAAUAUUAUCAAUUUAUCAUAACGUAUUCGAGGGAAACUCCCUCGAAUACAAAUAAUUAAAAUUAUAAAAAUUAAAGUUUUAAAUAUUACCCUUAAACUAAAAUUAUCCAUAAAAUAAAAUAAAACAAUUAAAAAUCUCAUCAAUAUAAUUAUACCAUAUUCAGAUAAAAAAAUUAAUACAAACCCUCCUCUUAUAUAUUCAGUAUUAAACCCUGAAACUAACUCUGAUUCCCCCUCUGCCAAAUCAAAAGGAGUUCGAUUUAACUCUGCCAAAACACUUACUAAAAAUAUUAAUAUAAUUAACCUUAAAAACCAAAAUAUUCAAAU